GCCCGCCGCCGCCGCCGCCGCCGCCGCCGCCGCCGCGCCCCCGGAAGCGCUGGCCGCGCCGUAGCGGAAGCGGGGCGGGGCUCGGCCUCUUUGGUGCUGGCGGCCGCGAAAGAUGACGAAGGGUACGUCGUCAUUUGGUAAGCGGCGAAAUAAGACGCACACCUUGUGUCGUCGAUGUGGGUCCAAGGCGUACCAUCUGCAGAAAUCCACCUGUGGGAAAUGUGGUUACCCUGCUAAGCGUAAGAGAAAGUAUAACUGGAGUGCAAAGGCUAAAAGACGCAACACCACUGGUACUGGUCGCAUGAGGCACCUGAAAAAGGUCUACCGUCGAUUCAGGAAUGGAUUCCGUGAGGGAACCACACCGAAGCCCAAGAGAGCAGCCGUUGCAGCCUCCAGUUCAUCGUAAAGACUCAUCUAUUUGUUAAAAUAAAUGGUCUUAUCUAGAAAAUCUGUCACCUUUUAUACGUGUUUUACUUCAGUGAAAUGCAACAUUCCUGAAAAUACGUGUAUUUACACACACCGUUUCUUGAUGGUGUGCAUUGAAGCGAUUCAUUAAAAACAAUCCUUUAACUGA